UUUGAAUUCUCAAAGGAAGCUCGAUUGUGCCGUGUUUGUUAGCUUGGAGCCAAAAGGGUUGUUUUUCCAUGUUUCUGUCUCUUUCUUCUUCAGAUUAUUCUCCCAUUGUCAUCAAUGGCGUUUGCGUCUUCUAAUCGCUAACGCUAGAAACAAAACGCCUUUUCCAAUAGUCCAUGUCACCUUCCUUUAGCAACAAAUAUAUGUACUUUAUGGGCUUAAACCAAAUCUAAUCAGUGAUCACCUUUUUCUUUUGUGGGUAAAGUGAAUCGUCAUUUCCAUUGUCUGGAGAAGCUAAACCGUCCCUCUUCUAUACAUCAACAGAGCAAGUUACGUUAGUAUAUGUCCGAAGAUAAAUAAAACGAAAAAAAAACAACUUUCCAAACUAUCAUCAUUUUCACUACAUUGGCGAUGAGGGAGCUCUCGGAGCUUAACAGAGACAGAGACGGUGAUGAAGAAGUGUGGGUCAAACACUAUUCAUCCAAGCACCAGAUACUUCUCGUAGGCGAAGGAGAUUUCUCCUUCUCUUGCAGCUUAGCCACUUGCUUCGGCUCUGCUUCCAAUAUCUAUGCUUCCUCUCUCGAUUCAUACGAUGAUGUGGUUAGAAAAUACAAGAAUGCAAGAUCAAAUCUUGAAACAUUGAAGAGACUUGGAGCUUUCCUUUUACAUGGAGUUGAUGCUACCACACUGCAUUUUCAUCCUGAUCUUCGUUAUAGAAGAUUCGAUCGUGUCAUCUUCAACUUCCCGCACACCGGUUUCCACAGGAAAGAGUCUGAUCCCUGUCAAAUACAGUAAGUUCAACAUUUUGAAAUUACAAACA